CCUGCCCGCCGUGGGUGCUGCUCGGGCACCCCCACAACCGUCAAGCCGGCACUGCCGGGCUGCCACGGCUGCGCUGUGAGGUCCGAUCGCGGGAGACAAGUUCCAGCAAGGGCCCCCUCCCCGGCGGCCCCCUCCCAGCGAUGGGCAGCGGGACCCCGCCGGCCCUGUCCCCCCAUCGCCCACCCCGCCGGCCCCCCACCCCGCCGCCCACCCAGCGCACCCAGGCCUGACCCACCCGCUCCAGCCCCCCCCGGCUCCAUGGCGAGGACGGACCCCUGACGGCGGGCGCCCGCGGGCCAGAGGAGACGCCGCCGGGCACGGCCCGGGGAGAUGCCCUCGGCGGCCCUGACAGCAUCGGGUCCUGCCCUGGCCCUGCCGCCGCCCUGAGCAUCCCGUCCCCCACCCCGAGGGCAGGGAGAGGCAGGGGCCUCCCCCCGGGGCCGGCAGCCAAGAUGGUGAUGUCCCAGGGCACCUACACCUUCCUCACCUGCUUCGCGGGCUUCUGGCUCAUCUGGGGGCUCAUCGUGCUGCUGUGCUGCUUCUGCAGCUACCUGCGGCGGCGGGUGAAGCGGCAGCAGGAGGAGCGGCUGCGGGAGCAGAGCCUGCGCGCGCUGGAGCUGGAGCCGCUGCACUACGAGGGUUACGGGGGCAGCCCCCCCGGCAUCGCCAUUCCCCACCGCCUCCGCCUCGAGCCCCACCAUCAUCACCCCCACCACAUCCCACCCCCCCGACCCUGGAGCUGCCGGCACGAGUCAGACCUGUCGAAGCCACCGUGCUACGAGGAGGCGCUGCUGAUGGCGGAGCCCCCCCCGCCGUACAGCGAGGUGCUGAUGGACACGCGGGGGCUCUACCGCAAAAUCAACGCCCCCUUCCUGAGCCACGAGCGGCUGGAGAAGCAGGAGCAGCCCCCCAGCUACAAACCCCUUUUCCUGGACGCCGGCUACGGUUCGGCACUGCACCUGCCCCGCUCGGCCAGCCCCGGUCCUGCCUGCCCGGACCUCUACCUGCAGGCAGAAUGUUCCCCCCGCAUGUUUCCCAGCUGGACGGACUCGGAGCUCAGCAGCAGGGACACCUACGAGCCGGGACCCUGGCACCUCCCGGUCUCCAUGCCCCUCUUCGGCAGGACUACCGCUGUCUAACGGCGGCCCCGGGGGACCCCCGGACCUCGCCGCGGGUGCCCCUCCGGCACCGGGGGAGGUGGUUUCGGUUGCCCGCGUCACCCUGGGGACGCCCGCUCCGGUGCGGGCCAUCGCCGCCGGCGCGGAAGGGGCUGGUUCCCCAUCUGGCCCCCGCCGGCCCCCCCCAUGCCGGGGGCGCUGGGGACCCGGACUCUGCUCUGUUUCUUAAAUUUUUUGUUUGUUACAGUUUGAGAAUAAAAGUUUGUGGCUCGG